AUGUCUCGACAGAAGAGGAACCCCAAUUUUACGAAUGCUGAAAUAACUAUUCUUGUAGAAGAAGUAGAAAAAAGAAAAGAUGUUCUUUUCUCCAAGCACAAUUCCACCGUGACUAAUCAAGCCAAAAAGGGGGAAUGGGACCAUAUUUGUUCUAAAGUGAAUUCGGUCAAUACAAGUUACAUUAGUUCAGCAGAGGAACUAAAGAAAAAGUGGAGUGCCAUUUCCAGCGAAGAUGAGUCGAAUGAAGUGCAAAGAAAAGGGGAUUUCUUUACAGAACGUCUAUCAACGGACCAAUCAUUGGAAGUAUCUACGGCUACAACAACAGUCACUGCUACACGUACUGAAACUAGCAAACCUACAUCAACAUGCCUUAAUGCACCAACUAGGAAGCGGAAACAGGACCUGCAAUCACCAUCACUGGAAUUAGUUAAAAUUGAAAAAGAAAGACUGGAAAUAGAGAAAAAGAGAAUGGAGGUGGAAGCAGAAAGACUGGCGGUUGAGCAGAAACGGCUUAGUAUAGAGCAGGCUAGACUGCAAACUGAGCAAGAAAAACAUAAUAUUAAACUUUGUCAGUUGGGCAUUAUUUCUAAUGCUACAGUUACACCUGUCCAAUAA